UAAGUUUUCAUGUUUUUAUCGUUUUAAGAAACGUUCUCGUUCACCAACGCCUGAACCUGACAAACAACUUUACGAUUUGCCCCAACAAAUAGCCAAAUUGAAUGAAUAUUUGGAUGAAAUGGAUAGUCUUACUGAAAAAAUAAUUCAAAGAGAAAUUAAUCAGAAAAAUCAACAAUUAGAAGAAGAACAAAGACAGUUUAUAAAACUUUUUGGUGAUUUUUUUAGCCUUAAACGUGACCCGCCUUUUUGUUCACGCGAAACAACUCAGAAGAGAUUGAACUACUUUUACAAAGAGCUUAUUAUCUGUAUGAAAAUUUUCGCCUUUGUCUAG